UUACAUAAACUGCCCUCGGGGCACGUUCCCGGCUGUGACGUCACACGGCGUUUACGUUUACGAAACACUAGUGUUUACUUAAACAGUGACAACUAAUAAGCAGUUGAGAAGAUACUGUAAAAGGUGCAAAGAAAAGAUAAUCUGAUGGAAAUAUGUCUCAUUUCAUGACAUAUUGCAAGAAUAAGGACAGUUUUCAUCACAAAAUACCCACGACGCUAAACGCUGUUAAACAAGUUGUGCUCCGAAAGUCCGUCUUGUCGAAAACUUUCUCCUGGUGUUUUCCCCGUUUUUCUACAACCGAAGUUCGAUGGGGAAGGCAGAAUCUGCCCCCAACCACCCAGCGUGGCGUGUUCCGCUGAAUAGCCCAGCGGGGCGCGGGAUAACAGUGAAUGAAUGAAAAAAAAUGAUAGAUAAUGACUAAAAAUACCGACGUGCUUGCGCAUCGCAAAGUGUUCUCGACACGCCCACGCAUGACCCCGGGAAGUGUUUGGAGUGACAACUUUUUCCUUGUGAUAAUCAUCAGACCACAGAUGACGAGACGUUGAAUCAUCACAAACAGUGUUACAUUGAUAUCGCAGCUUUAGGUACAUCCCUUGUUUGACAUUCUUUGAUAACUGCCGCGAUUCCGUUUCCGUUAUCCUCAAUCCACAGUCCACUUGACACAGUAUCCAAGCCAUGGUGAAAGCUGAACUCGCAUAGGCCCGUUUGACCGACAGCUUAUGCAUAUGUAGAUUGUGGGUGCUUGGUAGUGUCUCGCAGUCUGGCUAGUUGCGAGCCAUAUACAGCUGACAAGUUGUCUGUAAGACAACUUGGACUUUGGAGUCUCAAGUGCACGGUUUGAUAUCACGGUGAGAAUGCGGGCCUUUACGAUUGAGUUUCGCCCGUAGAGUAGGUAUUGCCAAUCCACCGUCUUCGGUUGUUGGGUUGACUGUGAGGGAAUACCAAAACUGAUGUUUACGAAUUUGGUAUAUUUGUCAUAAUUGUGCACUCUUUACCUACGAGUCCAGUGCCCGUUUGUCAUUGUAAAACCUGCGGCUCUGCGGCUCAGUCCGCUCGGAUGAGCAAUUGAGCAUGUAUCUGUGAUAUCAGGCGGCAGACGACCGGCACUCCUGUGUAGCGCGCCCCGCUGAGCCCACAGUCCGCCCUCCCGCCAGCCGGCCCGACCGCCGCGCCAGCCGGCCCGACCGCCGCGCCAGCCGAUCAUCUCGGCAGUGUGUUUGCAUUCGUGACGUCAGGCCCGCGGCUCGGCCAGAGGCGUUCCCAGGCAGCACUGUGAAGAGAGCUCCCAACCUGUUAUCUGAUACUGCAGCCGCUCAUCAGUGCUCCCCUUUUCACCCAUCACAGAAUACUGCUCUCGUCUGGCGCCCCGCCCGCGGCUGGUGCGUAUUACCUCCCUAGUUCAUCAGCCUGGCGCCGCCCGUGCCCCAGUGACCGCCGAGCAGCGGCAGCGGCGGCCGACAGCUGAUCAGUGCGAGUCGAGCGGCAGGCGGCGGCGGCGCUCCGUCGGUGGUGAUACCCAGUGGGGGCGGGGCGCGGCACGCCCGUAAACCGAGCAGGGCUGUGCUGUGUGGAGCGCGGUGUGAGUGUGUGGAGGAGCGCGGUGUGGUGAGACUGGGAUAGUGUGGAAGGCGCAAGCUGAGGCUGAGCGGCAGUGAGUUGAGAGGUUCGUAUCGUCAGACUACGUCAGGAGCCGUCGGCCGGCCGUGCCCGCCCCGCUAUCGUUGGCUGUGGGGCCUCGUGCGUCGCCGCCGGCGCUCCCCCAUCCCCCCCUCCGCCGGCACCGACGAGGUGACGUCAUUGGAGCAGAGGCGGUGUCAGGCGAGGACUUGGGGUCACUCCGAGAUCGACAGAUCCCUCUGAGGACGAGCAUAGACUAACGGCUGGACCGGCUGGCACGGCGACCUUCUGCCGACCUCCCCCGCCCCGCCCACCCCACUCCGACCAUGGAGCCGCCGGAGGAGGAGAUCCUGGGCGCCAUCAACCUGAUGAUCCUCGGCGAGGGCGCCGUCGGCAAGUCAUGCAUGCUGCAGACCUACUGCGGUGACGCGGUCGAGUCGGUGCGUAGUGCCACGAUCGGCGUGGACGUUAGCACGCGCAUCUGCUGCGUGCGCGGCCUGCCUGUCAAGCUGCAGUUUUAUGACACAGCGGGCUCGGAGCGGUUCCGUCCGCUCAUCCGGCAGCAGUACACGCGCGCACACGGCGUGCUGCUGGUAUUCGACUUCACCCAGCGUGACACGUUCCAGCGUCUGGAGGGCUGGCUGAAGGAGCUGCGAGCCGCCGCUCGACAAAAUCCCAUCAUCAUGCUGGCCGGGAACAAGGCCGAGCCGGAGCUGGCAGAGCGGCGCACCGUCUCCGUCCAGGAGGCAGACGCGUUCGCUAACCAGCAGGGCAUCUCCUUCCGCACGCUGAGCGCCUUCAACGUGGCGCAGGUGUGCUCAGUGAUCGACGACCUGGCGCAUCGCGUGCUGCUGACGCCGCGGCUGUACCGCACGCAGCCCACCGACACCGAGACCUUCGUGCUGCUGCUCAAGCUGCAGACGCAGGCGCACAUGCGAGCAGAGGACGCCGAGCGCCGACUGGACAUGCUGGAGGACAGGAUGGCCGCGCUGGAGAAGGCGGCGCCGGAUGGAGAAGCUCGUGGCGCCGGCGACUGACCGGGAUGGAGGAGGGGGAGGACAGUGCAGUGGCCAGACCCUGGUCCGUGGUCUGACCGUGCCAGUCAGUGGUCUAUGGAGGGGUGCUGAUAGUGCAAGAAGGCUGUGCGACCGUGCUGGCCCUGCGAGGGAGUGAGAGUAUGAUGAGCUUUUCAAGUCAGGGAACUGUAGGCAGGAGAAAAGUUAGAACAGAAGACGACAGCCAAAGAAGCAUGGUAGCACUUCUUAGCGGAGAUAUGUAAGAGAAAACAUGCAUCUCUAAUGCUCGAGCAGUGUCAGGUCACAGGUGUCUGGCAUACGCACACAGAACGCACAGAGACAACAACUAGAGCAGCGGUGUGUGCAUGGGUCUAACGCACCUGAUGAAACAGACUUUCCGGCUGACGUGACCUUACAAACAGACUGAGGUCACCUCAGGGGACCGGACCGCCGCGCCGCGCGUGGACAAAACAGUCUAGCGGUGGACAAACGUGGACUGUAUAUACGAUGGCCAGUUUGGGAGGAGCCAGGAUUCGGGGGACGUGCUAUCCAGUCAGUCAACGCCCGAGUUGUCGGUACGGAGCCGACCAUUGUUACGCCACGAGGUGCCACCGCCCUGCUUUGUGUCGUGUCCAGUAAGCGUUUCGUGCUGCCGGUGGCUGCCUUGUUCCCGUGCCGACGCCCGGUGGACGCCUCAGCCGGCGGUGACCCGUCCCCCGGCGCUGGUCCGGUCCCGUGGCCCGUUUACCAGCAGUGAGCCAGCUCAGCUGGCUCAGCUGGGACCUGCCGCCGUUAUGACACACCGCCUGUUACAAUGCGGCCGCGGUGGUGUGCCGUCACGCCAGAGCCAGUGUUUCGUGACUAUCGGGUCGGGUGUCUGCGGUCGUGACUGGUGGCGUGUGACUGGAGCGGUCGCCCGGACCGGUCCCGCGUCCCACUGUGAUGAGUGGGUCACGUGAGGGUAUGUGUGCUGGACGCUGGUGACGGAUGUGUGCUGGGGACGAGCCGGUAUGAUCCGGGGCGGAGCGGCGGAUGAUCGGCCGCCAUGCACCCAGUGCCCGCUGGCUGUUCGGGGCCGCGCCCACCACCGGCGCGGCGCGUCACGGCCCGCCCCGCAGGCCGCCAAUCAAUAACUACUUAUCUGAAAUCGCUGGCGCACGGCGGCCGAGUGGCAGGGGGAGGGGAGGGGCUCUCAACCACCAGCCGUCACCGCGUUAUUGGCAGGCGGCGCCAGCACUUGCCAAACGAGUAUAUAACUGCGUGUCGACGAAAUAAAAUAUUGUUACUCUGUU